CUUAUCGCCAGGAGUUAAACUUUCACAAACGUGUGCAUCAUGUCGCUCCUUAUAUUGAUAGCGGUGGCAAGUCUCCAUAUUGUGGUCGGUUCCGACACGGCAUGUAUGAAUCACGGAGGACAUUGUCAGGAUGAGAGCACUUCCUGUUCCGGUAACUACGUCAGCAAUUUGUGUUCGGGAUCUGCAUCCAGAAGAUGUUGUUUGCCGUCUGCGUCAUCAGGUCAAUGUUCCGAUAUUGGAGGCAAAUGUCAGGAUGAUCAUCUGUACUGUACCGGAUCUUACGUCACAGGGAAGUGCAGUGGAGAUGCUACUAAUCGUUGCUGCACAUCGCAUCACAUAGGAGGAACUGAUCAAUCGAUUUGCGAUAACAUAAAAGUUAUUUCCCGUGAUACUUGGGGUGCGACAAGGCCAACCCACGUGACUACAUUAAAUCAUCCCGUACACUUGUUCUUUGUACACCAUACGGAAGGUCGAACGUGUCAUAACGAGGCUGAGUGUGCUAGCGUACUCAAAGGUGUUCAGAACUACCACAUGAACUCCAGAGGCUACAGCGACAUCGGCUACAGCUUCCUGAUUGGUCAAGAUGGACGUGUGUAUGAAGGAAGAGGUUGGGGCGUGGUCGGCGCUCAUACGUUGCACUACAACUCACUGGCUUACGCCGUCUCCUUUAUGGGGAACUUCAUGAACUCACUGCCACCAGCAAGCGCCCUUAACGCCGCCAAGGCUCUCGCGCAGUGUGGGGUCAGCAAAGGUCAUAUCCAAAGUGGUUACAGUUUGUUUGGCCACCGUGACGUAGGAAACACGGACUGUCCAGGAGACCAACUGUAUGCAGAGAUAAGAACUUGGGGAAGAUAUAACAUCACCCACUCGUCGACCAUACACUGAGUCUUAUGUGUAAUUUCAUUUUACGUCGAAGAGAAAUAAACAGGAAA